AUAUAUCCGGAAGGUCAGGAGCUAUGGAUAUAGGAGAACUAUUGGCUUACAAGCCAGAACAAACACCUAAACGCAAGGGCGACGAUGAUCCGGAUGAUGAUGAUGCCACCGAGCCUGCAACACCGGAACGUCCCUCAAAACUAAAGAAGACAUCCCACAAUAUCCCAAACACCCCAAGUCGGGAUGCAAAUGAUCAAGCUGGGGAGUCAUUCAGAUCUCCUGGGCAGGCGGAGAUUGAAAAACUAAACAUUAUGCGGUACGUGGAGACUGAAGCAGCAGACGUGGAUGUUUUGAAUGAUGCCGGACUGAGGAAACUCGUGCUGAUCUUUGAGAAACGUGUCUUGCGGAAUCAGGAAAUGCGCAUUAAAUUCCCCGAGAAUCCGGAGAAAUUCAUGGAGACAGAAUUGGAACUUCACGAAGUUCUGCAGCAACUUCAUGCCAUUGCAACAGUUCCUGAUCUGUAUCCACUCUUUGUGGAGCUGAAUGCUGUGCCGAGCCUUCUUGAGCUCCUAGCACACCCGAAUUCAGACAUUAGUGUAACAGUGUGUGAUCUGCUGCAGGAACUCACUGAUGUGGACAUCCUCCAUGAGAGUAUUGAAGGAGCUGAAGUGCUUAUUGAAGCACUGCGGAAGCAGCAAGUUUGCGCCCUUCUUGUCCAGAAUCUCGAUCGACUGGAUGAAACGGAGAAGGAAGAGGCAAAGGGUGUGCACGAUACGUUGGCUGUCUUUGAGAAUCUCAUGGAGAUUAAGUCAGAAGUUUGCGUUGAAGCUGCCAAUCAGGGUCUCAUGCAGUGGAUUCUGAAGCGUCUCAAGGCAAAACUUCCCUUUGAUGCCAACAAGCUCUAUUGCAGCGAAAUUCUCUCAAUUCUCAUUCAGGAGAGCAAGGAAAAUCGUCUCCUGCUGGGAACUCUCGAUGGAAUUGAUGUGUUGCUGCAGCAAUUAGCCGUCUACAAGCGUCAUGAUCCCGCGAGCGUUGAGGAAUGCGAGUUUAUGGAGAAUCUUUUCAACAGCAUGUGCUCAGCUCUCAUGUCGGCGGAAAAUCGCGAGAAAUUCCUCAAGGGAGAAGGACUUCAGCUUAUGAAUUUGAUGUUGCGCGAAAAGAAACUCUCCCGGAAUGGAAGCCUCAAAGUUCUCGACUAUGCAAUGUCUGGUCCAGAUGGGAAGGACAAUUGCAACAAAUUCGUAGAGAUUCUGGGACUGAGAACAAUCUUUCCGCUCUUCAUGAAGACACCCAAGAGGAACAAGAAGAGGCUUCUUGGCACAGAUGAGUAUGAAGAGCACGUUUGCUCCAUUAUUGCCAGCAUGUUGAGGAAUUGCAAGAGUGGUCAGCGUCAACGUUUGCUGGCCAAAUUCACGGAAAAUGACUUCGAGAAGGUGGAGAGACUGAUGGAAUUCCAUCUGAAGUAUCUCACAAAGGUGGAGGCAAUUGACGAGAAGCUCGAGGAGAAUGAUGAUGCAGAAGAUUCAGAUGCAAACUAUCUUACUCGCCUCUCUGGAGGGCUCUUCACACUGCAACUCGUUGACUACAUCAUCUUGGAAAUUUGUGCCACAAAUGAGGCAGUAAAACAGCGCAUCCUGAAGAUCCUAAACAUGAGGGGGCAAGAGAUGAAAGUCAUCAGACAAAUUAUGCGGGAAUACGCUGGAAAUUUGGGAGAUGCAGGUGACAAGGAAUGGAGAGAUCAGGAAGAAGCACACAUCAUUCAACUUGUCGACAGAUUUUAAUGAAUUACAAUUUGGUUUUUCUAAACUAAAAAAUUGUUUUAUUGAA